AGCUUCCGCCGGGGCCGAGGUGGGUGCGUUUUGCCGCCGCCGAGGGAUAACUUUCUGGUGCUGGCUCUUCAGCAGUUGCCAGUCACGUGGACGUGUAGCCUCGAGACAGUUUUCUCGUUCCGUUUACAAAAGCAUCUUCCCUUUGGCCGUACAAGCGGUGACUAUCAUGUCGAGCUCGCGGGCCAGGCCCCGCCGGGAAGCCGUCAGUGGCGCCGCCGCCACCGGCCGGGACGAGCUGGUGUCGCAGUCCUUGCAAAGCGCAGAGCACUGUCUGGGCGUCCAGGACUUCGGCACCGCCUAUGCCCAUUACCUCCUUGUGCUCAGCCUGGCGCCGGAGCUGAAAGACAGCGUGAAGGUGAGGGCCCUUUUUUCUCUCACUUGCGGGGAGAUCCAACAUUCUUGUGAAAAAAUAAAAAAAUUGGGCGGGGAGGGGUGGCACUCUAGAAUGGGCUUUAGAGAUGAAGCAGCUGGGUAUUUUCAUAAAGCAGUGAAACUAAACCCUGAUUUCAGUGAUGCAAAGGAGAAUUUUUAUCGUGUUGCAAACUGGUUGGUGGAACGCUGGCACUUUAUCAUGCUUAAUGACACCAAGAGGAAUAUGAUUUAUAAUGCAGCAAUCCAAAAGGCAAUUUGUUUGGGAUGGGCUGAAGAGCUUGAUGCUCUCAAUCGAAUACAAGACUUACUUGGUUGCUAUGAGCAGGCCUUGGAACUGUUUCCUGAUGAUGAAGUGAUUUGCAAUAGUAUGGGGGAGCACCUCUUCAGAGUGUCCCUAGUUGUAACAGAAACUGUCGAUGCAGGUUUAUUUGGAGAAGGAAUUGUGGAGAGUUUGAUUCAUGCAUGGGAGCAUUUACUUUUGCAGCCAAAGUGUAGCAUGUUUGCUAAAAAAGCUGGAGCACAUUCUGUGUAUGCCUGUGAGUUAUCCAAGACCAUGUAUGAACUCGCCUGUGAUGUAGUGGCAGCAAAUAAGAUGGAAGGAGGGAUCAGACUCUUACACAUGAAGUCCUUUGACAUAGAAAUUCCAAAACACAUUCCUGAAAGCUUCAUUACCAAAGAUGAUAGAGUUCCCUGGAGCCCUCCACUCACCCCCAAAUUUGGGGACGUGGUGGUGGUACCUAACUACUGGAUAAAGCCUGGAGACCAUGUGAUGAUGGAAGUGUCUUGUCAAGACUGUUACUUAAGAAUCCAGAGUAUUAGUGUCUUGGGUUUGGAAUGUGAAAUGGAUGUUGGAAAAAGUUUUACCAAGAAUAAAGACUUGCUAUCAUUAGGAAAUGAGGCUGAACUCUGUAGUGCCCUGGCUAAUCUUCAGACCAGUAAACCAGAUGCUAUAGAGCAGACCUGUGUAUUGGAGUCUACGGAAAUUGCUUUGCUUAAUAACAUCCCAUAUCAUGAAGGCUUUAAAAUGGCAAUGAGGAAAGUUUUGUCUUCACUGACCCCAGAGAAACUGUGUCAGGCCAUGGAUACGCACUGUCAGAAUAAUGAGAUGGGCUCUGGUACAGGUCAGAAUAAUACCGCACAGAGCACCCCCGAACCUUUCUACGUGUUAGAUGUGUCUGAAGGCUUCUCUAUUCUGCCUAUCAUUGCUGGCACACUUGGGCAGGUUAAACCAUAUAGUUCAGUAGAAAAAGACCAGCAUCGUAUUGCUCUGGACCUCAUAUCUGAAGCCAAUCACUUUCCUAAAGAAACACUUGAGUUUUGGCUGAGACAUGUGGAGGAUGAAUCUGCUGUGUUGCAAAGGCCAAAAUCCGACAAGUUAUGGAGCAUAAUUAUAUUGGAUGUUAUUGAGCCAUCUGGGCUCAUUCAGCAGGAAAUAAUGGAAAAAGCCGCAAUAUCCAGGUGUUUACUACAGUCUGGAGGCAAGAUCUUUCCUCAGUAUGUGCUGAUGUUUGGGUUGCUUGUGGAAUCACAGACACUGGUAGAAGAGAGUGCUGUUCAAGGAAUAGAACGUACUCUUGGAUUAAAUAUAGCACCUUUUAUUAACCAGUUUCAGGUACCUAUACGUGUCUUUUUGGACUUAUCCUCAUUGCCCUGUAUACCUUUAAGCAAGCCAGUGGAACUUUUAAGACUAGAUUUAAUGUCUCCAUAUUUGAACACCUUUAACAGAGAAGUAAAGGUACAAAUUUGUAAAUCUGGACAAGUGACUGCUAUUCCAUUUUGGUAUCAUAUGUACCUUGAUGAAGAUAUUAGGUUGGAUACUUCAAGUGAAGCCUCCCACUGGAAACAAGCUGCAGUGGUUUUAGAUAAUCCCAUCCAGGUUGAAAUGGGAGAGGAACUUGUACUCAGCGUUGAGCACCACAAAAGCAAUGUCAGUAUCACAGUAAAGCAAUGAAGAACAGUUUUUCAAUGAAAAUUGUUUAAUUAGAGCAUCCAAUACAAAAUUCUUAUCUUAAUCAGUGGGGGUGUAUACAAAUUUAAUUCCUUGUAAUGGUCAGAUAUUUCAAAAAAUUGACAUUAAUAAAGCAUAUUUAAACGAUCCUAAAUUAAAGAGUGGCAUUAUUGUA